CCCAGACAAAAUCAUUAUUUCUUAGGAAACAGCAGUUGACUGCAGUGCAAAAUGAAGAGCUCGGGCUCCUCCAUCUCAGACGAUGAUGAUGCAUUGUUUAAUGAAACAUCAACCAUAGGGCGAUCAGUAGUCUGUGUGAUCCUGGGCCUGUCGUUCCUGGUGGGGGUCCCGGGGAACCUGCUGGUGAUCUGGACCAUCCUGAGGCACGUCCAGCAGCGCUCCCACACCGUGGUGCUCAUCCUCCACCUGGCUGCUGCAGACCUGCUGGUGCUCAUCACCCUGCCCCUGUGGAUCUACUCCCUGGCCCGCUCCUGGGUGUUCGGGGAGGCAUCCUGUAAGGCCAUGGUGUACAUCAUCAACACCUGCAUGUACAGCAGCGUCUUCCUCAUCACCCUCAUGAGCAUCGAGCGCUUCCUUGUCAUCCUGUACCCGUUCAAGAUGUUGCGCUGGAAGACCAAGGCAAUUAUGGACAAGGCUCUAGUGGCUAUCUGGGUUCUGGCUUUCCUUUUAGGGAUCCCAUCCAUUCUUACCAGCUCUAUGGAUGAGAUCAAUGGGACUGAGCAGUGUCUUUUCAAGGAGUACAACUCAGUGGCCCAAGAGGUGGUGUUCUUAUGCCUGGAGACCUUGGUGGGCUUCGUGGUCCCCUUCUCCACUCUGGCUGUCUGUUACUGUCUAGUAGCAACACACCUGAGGACAAUGCAUUUCGGCAGCAGCAAACAGAAGUCGACAGUUCUGAUCAGUAGUGUGGUGGUAGCCUUCGUUCUCUGCUGGCUUCCUCACCAUGUCCUCAACACUGUAGACCUAGUCAGCAUCCUGACAGAGGAUCCAGAUGAUGCUGUGCCUGUUUCAGUGGCCCAGACUGCAAUAGUGUUUAUCUCUGGAGCGCUGGCCUUCAUUAGUAGCUCUGUGAACCCUGUGUUCUAUUCCUUCGCUGCAAGGAACUUCCAGGGCAGUCUCCAGGAGUCCCGCAUGGUCAGGCUGUUCCAGGAACUCUCCUCACACACCUCCUCCAAGCUAAGGGGAUCUGGCAACACAAUAGGAUCUGGCAACACAAUAGGAUCAGAAAACACAAUGUCCUCAGUAAGGCCAGACUGCAACAAUACCACAGACAUAACUACCAUGUAGGACUAUAGAGAUGGUGGCGCUGGAUAAGAGCAUUCUGGAUAAGUCGUUCUGGAUAAGAGCGCCUGCUAAAUGACUAAAAUGUCAAAUGAAAACUGUGACCUGAUCAUUGAUUCAGAUGUCAGCAUUGAUGAGAAAUAAAUAUGUCUAGAAUCUAGAAGUUUGAUUAACAGUUGUAUUUUUAUGAUCAUGGUACAAAAUGUAGAUAUUGUUGUGGCCCUUGUGAAAUACGGUGAGAAAAGCUCACACAAGUAAUUCAAUUGUGACUAUUUCAACACAAUAAAGCGAUUGCAUUUGCUCAUAAA